CCUAAUAACUUAGUAACCGAACACUGCCAACUCUAUAUAAACUAAGAACGGCAGAAGCACCGCCGACCUCCAAACCCUAGCUCACGACUUACUCCAACUCUCCGUUUUCGUUUGUAUAAAUCAUAAUCGCUCCUGUUCAUCGUUUAAUUGCUAGUUAAUCUAUUUUGUAGCUCUGAGGAAUCAUGUCAGACGAUGAAAGAGGGGAGGAGAAGGAGCUGGAUCUUUCCUCUCCAGAAGUUGUAACCAAAUACAAAUCAGCUGCUGAGAUUGUUAACAAGGCCUUGCAGCUGGUAUUGUCAGAAUGCAAACCCAAAGCCAAGAUUGUCGAUAUUUGUGAGAAGGGAGAUUCAUAUAUCAGAGAGCAAACUGGGAAUAUGUACAAGAAUGUGAAGAAGAAGAUUGAAAGGGGAGUUGCAUUUCCCACAUGUUUAUCAGUUAACAACACAGUCUGCCAUUAUUCUCCACUAGCUAGUGAUGAGACAGUAUUGGAAGAAGGUGACAUUUUGAAAAUUGAUAUGGGGUGCCAUAUAGAUGGUUUCAUUGCAGUGGUGGGACACACUCAUGUUCUUCAACAAGUACCUGUAACAGGUAGAGCAGCUGAUGCCAUUGCAGCUGCAAAUACAGCUGCUGAGGUUGCCUUACGACUUGUGAAGCCUGGAAAGAAGAAUCAAGAUGUGACAGAAGCCAUUCAAAAAGUAGCUGCAGCAUAUGAUUGCAAAAUUGUUGAAGGUGUUCUUAGUCAUCAGCUAAAACAAUUUGUGAUUGAUGGAAACAAAGUUGUAUUAAGUGUCUCAAAUCCCGAAACAAGAGUCGAUGAUGCAGAGUUUGAGGAGAAUGAAGUUUAUGCAAUUGAUAUUGUCACAAGCACAGGAGAAGGCAAGCCAAGAUUAUUGGAUGAGAAACAGACAACAAUUUACAAAAGAGCAGUUGACAAGAGCUAUCACUUGAAAAUGAAAGCAUCUCGGUUUAUAUUUAGCGAGAUCAAUCAAAAGUUUCCAAUUAUGCCCUUCUCCGCUAGGGCUUUGGAAGAGAAGCGAGCUCGGUUGGGAUUAGUGGAAUGUGUUAACCAUGAGCUUUUACAGCCAUACCCUGUUCUUCAUGAAAAGCCUGGUGAUUUUGUUGCACAUAUAAAAUUUACGGUUCUUUUGAUGCCGAAUGGAUCGGACCGAAUUACGUCUCAUACCCUUCAAGAGUUGAAAACAAUGACUAAUAAAACGGUUGAUGACCCGGAAAUCAAAGCAUGGUUGGCUUUACCUGUAAAGACAAAAAAGAAAGGUGGUGGCAAAAAGAAGAAAGGAAAGAGAGCAGAAAAGGGUGAAGGUGAAGCAAUGGAUGAGGAGGCUACAAAUGGUGGUGGCCAAGAUUAG